ACAUAAGUUACCUUGCCUGCCUUGCCCCUUCCACGAUCCCUAGUACUUUAGAUCCCCUCAACCCUGCUUUUAACUUUUAACAUCUUCGAGUAUAGUUACUUACUCAAGACUAUCCUAUGACAUGACAGCACCCAACUCGACUAUAUAUGAUGGAUUACCUCUUAUUUGUGCACGCGAAGAGAUACGAGUCCUCCAUCUUCACGAUGGUAGCGGCGAUGAUAAAGUUGUCUGCACAUUGGAGAAAGUAUCGCUGGACGACAACCCCACCUUCAACGCGCUUUCCUAUGUCUGGGGCGAUGCUACCAUCACUGCCCCUGUGACCAUCAAUGGAAGGAUUCUCAAUGUCACGCGAAGUUUAGAACUUGCAUUGAAGCACAUACGAAACUAUCACACAACCCUAACCUCAGACGAAUCAGGCAGCCGACAGGCACUCUGGGCAGAUGCGGUGUGCAUCAACCAAGACGACACGGCAGAGAGGGCAGAGCAGGUUCAACUCAUGAACGGUAUCUACUCAAAGGCAUUUCAAGUGCUCAUUUGGCUUGGAGAUGGAACGAAGCACACGGACUUUGCUAUAGACCGGAUGAACGGCUUGAAGUACGGGCUCGACACUGGCUUUCAAGUGAAACCCUGCGGCCAUCCAAGUAUGGACGAUAUCAGAGUCGAAGUCGUUCUCAAGCAGGAUAUCUGCGAGCGGGAGUGGUGGAGACGCCUCUGGGUGCGCCAAGAGUUCCUGCUUGCGGACGGUGAACCCGUCUUCCUGUGUGGACAGAAGUCUGUCGUGUGGUCAUUGCUACUCCUGUCUUUCUUGACUGUCCCGAGGGCUUGGGAUUAUCCGCAGCUGGCUGGAAAAUGGGAAGAAGUCAGAAAAGAUAUCAUAGAGCCCUCGACAGGGGAGCGGUAUCGAAUUGCGGGUAUCCAUCUUGCCUCGCUUAAUAGCCUGCGGAGCCUUGUUAGAGAGGAAGGGCGUAUUCCGUUGUCCGACACAUUCGGCUAUCUUUCCAGAAACGCCACGGCUACGGAUCCCCACGAUUAUAUCUACGGAUUUCUUGGACUGCUCAAUAAAUAUGACCAGCACCGGAUACGGGUCGAUUAUACGAUUAACCCCAUGGAGCUUUAUCAAUCUGUCGGCCGGUUACUCUGGACACAACAUGCGGAUGAUAUGCUGAAGAACAUGAUCAUGUCGCUCCAUUUUCAUGGAGAGGACAAUGGGUAUCCUUCAUGGACGCCAGAUUUCCAGCGACAGAGUCGUCGUGGCUGGCGGGAUCAUCGUGCCCUCGCAGCAGAUCGCAGCUGGAGGGAGGAGGCAGUCGACGUGCGUUUCCUAGACAACGGAGAGAAUUUGGGCCUGCGAGGAAUUCGGUUCGACAGAGUGGACGUCGUACAUACCGUCCCGGAUUCAUUCUCCACAAUUUCAGCACUACGCCACCAUCUACACAUCCUUGAAGACUUAUUCGCCAAAUUCGUGCUGGGAAGCAAGCGAGCACAGCGAGACUACCCACCGGACGAGCUGAAAUCCGGGGAGACGUUACUGGAACUUCUCACAAAAAGUCCGCUCUUAGAGGGUGAUUAUUGUAUACCCGGGUAUACUGACGAGGAGGUGUGGAAUAUCAUCAUGGGACGGCUGAACACCCUGCCGGCGGACCUGGCGUCGCCGGCUGGUGAAACCCGGAGGAAGCUGGUAACCAGUCGGUUGAUGACAAUAUUUUCGGGUAAAUUAUUCAACCGUACCUUCUUCGUCACCGAUUCGGGAUACCCAGGUGUUGGGGUUGUCGAUAUUAGCGAGGGCGACGUAGUGACUUUCAUCUUCGGCAUGAAGGCCCCUUUAAUUCUUCGACCAUAUGUUGAACACGAUCGAAUUGUGGGAUGUGCUUAUGUCUCUGGCCUGGUGGAUCAAGAUGUACUUGAUGCGUUUUAUGAGAAUGAUUUGCUGCAGGAGCAAGUGUUCAGUAUUUGUUGAGCGGGAACACAUCGACACUACAGAUUGUUGUGCUUUACGGGAGCUGCGGCGAAUCCCCAAAAUUACGAUGUAUGCCUCAUUAGAUAUCGCAACGAAUUGUUGUCCGUCAACUCAGAUAGUUUCUGUAGGUUUGCAUCUA